UAUCUACUACACCAUCAUGUGAAAGAACCAUGGAUUUUGGCCUUUAGUGAGGUGUCUUUUAAAAUUUUUAUUCCAUUUGUGUUUUGUUUGAUAGCAAAACUGUCCAGGUAUUCACCACAUAACAGGGCUAGCUAGAAUGCUUGGUUACUAUUUGUGGUGUUUAUCUCCUUUUAUUGCAGCUGAGUAGCAUUUCUCUUGUAGGCACAGGAAACUGGUAAUAACAGAAGACAGCCUCACAGCAGGAAAGUGAGAUCAGAUUGGCAAUGCAGCAGUGAGUGGCAUGAUUGAAGACAAGAUAAAAAGCAGGCUACAGCAAAAGGUGUGAGCUUCAUAUUUUCUCCCUGCAAUUACAUUACAGCUGAAGAGUUCAAGAUGAUUCCAAAUUACUCUACUGAAGAAACUGUUAAAAGAAUCCACGUGGACUGUCCUGUUUCAGGAAGGCACAGCUACAUCUACAUUAUGGUUCCAACCGUUUACAGCAUCAUUUUUAUCAUAGGCAUAUUUGGGAACAGCCUGGUGGUGAUUGUCAUUUACUGCUACAUGAAACUGAAAACGGUAGCCAGCAUCUUUCUUCUCAACCUGGCACUGGCUGACUUGUGUUUUUUGAUAACUCUGCCCCUCUGGGCAGCCUACACGGCCAUGGAGUACCAGUGGCCUUUUGGCAACUGUUUGUGCAAGUUGGCCUCGGCGGGGAUCAGCUUCAACCUGUACGCCAGCGUGUUCCUGCUCACCUGCCUGAGCAUCGACCGCUACCUGGCCAUCGUGCACCCGGUGCAGUCGCGCAUCCGCCGCACCGUGUUCGUGGCCCGCGUCACCUGCAUCGCCAUCUGGCUGCUGGCCGGCGUGGCCAGCCUGCCCGUCAUCAUCCACCGCAACAUCUUCUUUGCUGAGAACCUCAACAUGACGGUCUGCGGGUUUCGCUACGAGAGCAAUAACACGACGCUCCGGGUCGGGCUGGGUUUAUCCAAAAAUUUGCUGGGCUUUUUAGUUCCUUUUCUGAUCAUAUUAACAAGCUACACCUUAAUUUGGAAGACUCUGAAGAAGGCAUAUCAAAUUCAAAAAAAUAAGACUAGAAAUGAUGAUAUCUUCAAGAUGAUUGUAGCAAUUGUGUUUUUCUUUUUCUUUUCCUGGAUUCCUCAUCAAGUGUUCACUUUUCUGGAUGUGUUGAUUCAAUUACACGUAAUAACAGAUUGCAAAAUCACUGAUAUUGUGGAUACAGCUAUGCCUUUCACCAUUUGUAUCGCUUACUUCAACAACUGUCUAAAUCCUUUUUUUUAUGUUUUUUUUGGAAAAAACUUAAAAAAAUACUUCCUUCAGCUAAUAAAAUACAUCCCACCGAACGUCAGCACACAUCCAAGCCUCACAACCAAAAUGAGCUCCCUCUCCUAUCGGCCACCAGAAAAUAUCCGCUUGCACACAAAAAAGACUGCCGGGCCUUUCGACACAAAUUGAGGCAUUUCACAAAGUUCUUCUUUUGAACAACCUUGUGUGCGAAGCAGCAAGAACAACAAGAUUCAUCUGCGGUCCUGAACAUCACAGCUCAUCACAGCAACACUGGAUCACCUCAGAGAAAUCAUACUGUAAAGAGUCAGCAGUGGCCUUUCAGCUUACGUUGUAAAGAGGACUGCUUCGUUUUCAUUUUGUUUUUCAUUACGGAAAGCAGCCUAAGUGUUGGACAGGUGUGCCAGAGUUCCUGCCACAUCCCACCGUUUGCUUAGAACUACGAAAGAAGGGGAGGGAAAACUCCUAACUCCACAGGUGUUUCAAAAGGAAAAGCUUGUAUAAAUAACAUGAAAUACAAAGAACCUGACUUGCAUAUAUGUGAGCUAUUCUGUUGAAGAAGUGAAACUUUGUUUCUUGUUUUGUUGGUGUUUUUUUUUAAUUACAUAAAUGUCCUAUAAUCAUAUUUAUAAUAUAUUUUCAAAUAUAUGCUAUAUAUAGAGGCCCAAUUUUAAACUCAAAUGGAAAUUUAAGGUCCUUGAAAUUGGUCUUACUCUGAUUUAUGCUACUAUUUUUUUUAAUGGCAAUUUUUUCAUAAUAAUAUAUGCAAUAAAAUGCAGAGUUAUUUAUUAAAUAUAGAAUAACUAUAUUUUUAGAUUUAUAUUUCUACUCAUACAUUUCAAACAUUGCUUCAGAAAUAUACAUUUAUAUCCCAGUGACUAUUUUUGUAGUAGAUUAAAAAUAACUGUGUAUGUGCACACAGAAAUGGGGUUCACUCAGCAUUUCCUCAUGAUAAGCCACCCUCACUUUGAAGAACUUUAUAUACAGAGGGAGUUGACUCCAUAAUCUGUAUGAUUAAAAGUAAAAAAAAUUUAAUUCCUGCACAUUUGGUAAACUCAUAUACUGAUAAACAAAAAUGGGACAAUGCUUAUCUAUCAUUUUAACUAAAAAUACUUUUAGUCCCAUCACAAAACAUCCGAGAUCAAACUUUACUCUUGGCUUUUAUGGGAUUUCUCUCCAUUUAUAUAAAAUAAUGCCCAGGGUAUUUUCUCCCUGUAGAACAUUUUUUUAUUUAUAUGGAACAAAUUCAGAUUUAUACUAGCAUAAAUCAGAACUAAAGUCUGGCUCAAAUUCUCAAUACAAAUCAAGAGGAAAGGUGACAAGCACUGUGGGAAGUUUCCAUCAAUGAUAUUCUCAUAUGUGUCCUUUAUCUCUUAAAUAACAAGCUUCAGAUAAUAUUUAUGUCUGAUUCCACCCAUUUAUUGUCCUCAAAGAUGAGUUCAUAAGUACUUUUUGACACUACAAAACUUUAAAAAAAUAUCCAAACCUUUACAUAUAUAAUGUAGAAAAUUGCAUGCCCCUUGAGAAUUUACAGUAUUUAUAAUUUUCAAAAUCAUAUGUCUAAUGUGGCUUUGUCUCAAGUAGUGAGUGGUUGGAUUAUCCAUAUUUUCUGAUGAUCAAAAUCAAAGCACAAUAAAACAGUUAUUUCUGUGGUUUAAUACUUUUUAAGGAAAAAAGGCGACUACAAACAGGUCUAGAAAUCUUCCUACUCUUUCAUUCACUUAUAGUAAGGGAAAUUUUUUUCAGUUUUGCCUUUUUUCUUCCAGCUGCAAAAGUGGGAACAAUGUGUCUACUCGUACAUUGCAAGGCACUGUGACGAGUCACAACUUCUAAAGCUGUAUGAUACAAAAAACUCUCCUUCAUUAAAAAUUUUAAGUUAAACUUCAUUGCAAGGUAGUAUCUUGACUUUUGAAGCCUGAACAUCAUUUAACUAUGUAAUUUAAAGAAAUAUUUAAAUUGUUAUACUGAAUACUUUCCAAUUAGCUCAAAUCCUUACAUGUGAGACAGCCAUUUGCUUAAAUUGAAUAUGGCAAAAACCCCAUGCAUUAUCAAUAGCACCCAGAAGAGGACCAGUGCCCCAGCACCCUCUAAGCUGACAAAGGAUUGGCAGAGAUUGCCAUUUAUCUGUAUAUUUUGUUAAUGGACACACAUGCACAUGCUGAGCAGCAUCGGGAGUUUCUCCUGGCAGAAGCUUCUCUGUCCAGCCAUGAUUCUGCGUGCUGUGCUUGCCACCUGCUGGAUGCAGCCACAAAUUUGCUUUACAUCUCAAAAGUUGUUACAGAUAGAAACAGCAACACUUCCCUGCCACCUGAAGGAUCUGAAGAUCCCUACUUGUGGCAAAACACCUCUAUAAAUAAAACACAAACUUGUCCAUCUGGGAAGCCAGUAACUUCUUUGACAGAAUCUAACCGAGCAUUUUCUCAUCACCUGCUCAUCCCUUUGGUCACUGAAACUCAGUGACCACAACAGGGAGCUCAUUUGCAAAACAUUGAUUGCAUUACUACAAGAGCCAUCUCAAAGAGAAGACAUAAAAAUCAAAGCCAUUGGUUACUAUCUUGAUCAUUUCAUGCCAGAUCCUGCAGUUUUAAGAGGGUCUGUAUCCUAAGCUACUGGUGCAUCUGCCUGUGCCAUGUGAAAAAGCAGGAGCAUGCACAGUCAGUUGUGUUACUGGAGGAAAGGUAGGAAGGAAUUACACCUGCUGUGCUCUGUGGCCAGCACAGACCUUGAAUCAAUAGGCAAAGAAAGUAGAGAGGAAAGUUUUCCUAAAUAAAGCAGGGAAAUUUUUGUUCUAAGGAGUAAGGAAACAUUCAUCAGCUGCCAAAUAUGCUAGCUCCUUAAAAAAAAAAAAAAAAAAAAAAGAGCAAAUCAGCAGAUACUGAAAAGAACCUAGAGAUAAAACUCUCCAGCAAUUCUAACAGGGUAGCAGCAGGAAGUGAACUCCUUGGAGCGCAGAGUUACUGUGAACUACUAGAUGCUGCACACAACACCCUCAGACCCCAACCUGACAGCUAAGGGAAGAGCCCACAGGAUGGACACCCACACCACUUCCAUCAUGUAUCUGCAACCAAGGCAGGUGCUGAGAAACACGUUAUUGCUGAGCCUUACACUCCCCUGCCCACCUAUGCAGAGGGGACAGUCUGCUCUUCGCUGGGGAUCCUUGGCCAUGUGGUUCCUACUGAAGAACAGGUAGGAGAUGGCCAGAAUAUUCUUGGUGCAAGGACCUACCAUGCCAGCAAAGGAUUAAGCUAAGUAAGAUUAAGAUUAAACUCUCUAUGACUUUGCCAUCUUUGGGGAACUUUGGAUUGAGCCCUCUUAAUAUCAAAAGAAAACUGGCUAUAGACAUUUAAGAACAAACUCCCAUUACCUUAAAACAUGCAAAGUUAGAAUUAAUAAUAUGCAGUAGUAUGCAGUUAUUUUUAGAAAGAGUAUCCACAGUGCUUUUCAUUCCUGCGAUGACCAAAGUAAAAUAGUACAAACUCUUAGUCUGUCCUUGUACUCUCCUGUUGUGAGGAACCCAAGUCAGUACUAAGGGGAACAGCAUAUAACCCUAAAUUACAGGCAUUACACUUCCUGUUCAUUUCAAAUUCAUUAUUUGAACACCUUUUUUGCUGCUGAAUAAUUACUAAAUUACAUAUUUGACAUGUACAUGCAUAAUAUAUAUUUCUAUUCAUUGUGCAAUAGUACUUUAUAUUACUCAUGUUUUUUGCUCUACUCCCUACUUGCUUGCCCAUUGUAUGCCCAUCCUAAAGCAUAUUGUAUAAUCUACACUGGUUAGCCCAAAUUCCAACAAAACCACUACAGAUACAGUGGGAAUUAAUCUGGCUUCUUAACCUAAUAAGUCCCUCAUGUUUACAUUGUUAAUCAACAGUUUGCAGAACAACCACAAAACCAAAAGUCCUUUACCUUACCAGCAUUACUAUUUAGUUGAUAGUUUCCAUUGUCUACUUGAAACUGUGACAGCAGCAAAGAAUACAGUAAGUUUUCUAGUUUUGCUUGAAUAUCUUCAUCAAAGGUUUCUUUUGAUAAACCUGACCUCCUUUUUAAGUAUACUAAAGUGCAGGUAUUCCCAGGGAAAUAUUUGCCAUUGAAAGGAGAAACAAAUCCUUAGGGGAAGGUGGUUGAAGGCCUAAAAGAGUGACUUACUGAAUUUGUAAAUAUUAUUGUUAAAUGCAAAUAUUUAAUUUUGGUUUUGCAACAGAUUGAGGGGGAAAACAUACACAAAAAAAAGGAAUAAAUCUUUCAGCUUAGUGCAAAGUGAGGGCUGUUCUAUCAAUCACUGAGUGCACCUCCACAGCGACCUCCCAGCCAAGGCUGAACUAACAAACCCUCAAUCCUCCAACUCAGCUGUCAAGCUCAGUGUCACCAGCAAGCUCUGCAGAUGUGGCAGGACACUCGAGGGAUAGGGACAGAUCAGAUCAUGUCUGAGAAGAGCAUUGUGUGAUCUUUUUAGUGGACUAGUGCCACGAGCUUCAGCUUUGUAGCUGGCAAGUUAGGUAACAAAAACUAGGCAUCGUUUCAAUAUUUUCGUGCAGUUAUAAUUUGUGAUUUGUGGACGUUAAAUGCUUUCUAUUUCAAUAGCCAGUUUUAUAUUGUAGAAGUUUACCUCGAUUAUAUGACAACGUUUACUGUCUAAAGUAUUACUAAAAACAUACAGGCCACCAAUAAAUGUCAUUGUGAAAGUCAUCUCCACUUCUGUGUUAAGCACCCAAAGCAAAAAGACCUGUUUCUGUGUUGUUGUAAGUACUAGACUCUUAUCUGUAUAACUACAGCUAUAUUUAUGUAUAUAUAUAUAUGUGUAUAUAUAUAUAUAUAUAUAUAUACACACCUUAGGCAAUAUCAUCCUUAAAGUAUUUCUGUGUAAUGCUGUAACAUUUUAUACCACUAUUCCUCAUUACUUUUAACCACUAUCCUAACUCAGCUCUCCCUUAAAUCUUUGACAUGAGCAGGUUGUGUCAGCAAUUCUUCUUGGAGAGGAUACCCAGCUAGCUGUAAUUCAUUUCUGUAUCCCAGAACAGACUAAGCUAAUGAAGUUUACUUGGAGUGGAGAUUCAGCAAAUUGCUAAUUUUCCUAUAUACAUGUUGGAGUUUGAAGCCAAAUUUAGGAUUAACCUUUUAGAAACUAUAUUUAAUUUUAGAGACUUAUUUAUUUAGAAUACUGUGUUAAAUACAGGAUCACAUUGUGUUAUGUGUAAUGGCCUUGAACAGCCUGACUCAGGCUGCCUGUAGCCGAGUAUUCAGUGUAAAUAUAUCCACUUAGAAUAUAAGCAGCACCACACUGUACCAUGGCUGCAGUGGAAACAGCAUCAGGUUCCAGAAGGGAACCUGAUGAUAAUAAGAUAUGAUAACAAGAAGGGAUUGGGGAGGGGAGGAGGAGUUGGCAGUGAAAAGAAUGGUAGAUUGGAUUUUGCCAUUUCUAAUUUAUAUGAAAAUAAAAUAGAAUUUAGUCUUGCAUAUCCCUAGUAAACUCCACUUCAUACCUUGCCUUACGGUGUCACAUACUGCAAAAAAAGUGAAAAGCAGUUAGAAGGUUGGUACUGUGAAAUUUUUAUAGCUUAUCUGAUGCAUAACUUAUUUUCCAUGUAUAUUAGUUAUUCCUCAGCUUUGUGUAUUGGCAGCUUUAUGUACUGGCAGUGUUGUUAGGCUACAAUUAAGCAAAGGCUCUGGGGCAGGAGAGCAGACAGAGCCAUACCUUGGAGCUUUAUCAUGAGUGAUCAGAGGUGAAGAAUUGUUGGAAUAGGAUGGAAAGCAAAGACAGUUGCUGAACAAAUACAAAAUUGUAAAGAUAAUUAAGCCCACCAUUAAAUAACAUUUUUUUGCAUUUUGUUUUUUGAACCAAAGUCAGCUAAAUAAUUAAAAAUAAUGAAAAAAAAUAAGAGAAAAUGCUGAAAGAGAAUUUCAAGUCCACUUAGAAUUACUGAGAAUUUCAACCAUCUCCAGCUCAUAUUCUCAAGCAAAUGCAAACCUGGACAUUUCUGUGAAAUUGAAUGAAUAAAUAGAAAAGUUGAAGUUAACAGAUGUGUGUAAGAUACUAACAGCCACUUUGCUACUAUUGACUUUUCUUUCAAAAAAAAAUUUGAAUUAUGCACUUGAAAUUCAUCAGAUAAUUAUAUGCCCAGGAAAGGGAAACAACAUACUGCCCAUGGGCUUAGAUGAGCUUUGCAUACCUAGCCUGAAUCCUCCUCCUGCUUAGCUAAGCCUGAAUCUUCCUCAUGCUUAGUUUAUCAUAUAGUACACAACUACACCAAAAAAAAACCCCAAAACAGCUAAACUAGAAAACAAAACAGAAAUAAAUUAAUUUUGUGAAAAUAUGUAUUACAGUAGUGCUAUUUAAUUUUUAAAUCAUCUAUGAAAUACUAAAUGAUCUAAAAUAACUUUGUUUUUACAAGUUUAUAGUAAUUUAAGUAAUUUUUAAGCUUCUCUAAGGAUUUUGUUUUGUACUGUAAAAAGCUCUCCAAGCGUGAGAACCAAGAUUCCAGACCCAAAGCCCUCUUUCUGCACAGCAGCACCUAUAAAGUGAGGCCAUGUCUACGAUUUGCAGGAUGCCUUUCAAAGGCAGGACAUAAAUAAGUGACCCUGAGAUGUAAUGUCACCUGCCAAAGCAUUGUUAGUGUUGAAACUGAUUUCUGUGAUGUGAUUAUUCUAGAUACAAAUGGAAAGAAGCAGUAGAAAGGCAGACUCUGUAUACUAGACUGUACUAUACAGUGCCAUUUUUACAUGUUAAAUUCUGAAGAAUUGUGUUUCUGGUAUUUUUUAUUUUCUCUGCUUAUCUAUGGUGGCUCUCUAUACUGUGAUCUGUCAUUUUACAUGAGAGUACACAGCAGAUAUGCACUGUUCUGUUUCAAAAGAAAUAAUACAUUUUCAAUAUCUUUCUGUCUAACACAUCUGCAAAACCAGUAACCUUUUUCACAGAGCUGUCUACAUCAGAGUGGUUGUAUUUUGAAAUACUGAAAAUAUUAAAACAAUACAAAAUAACUU